GGGGGGCUUUUAUUGGUCAGCGCUGUCGAGCCCCAACUCCAGGUGACUGACACAGUCGCUACCCAGUAAGAAACGGACGUGGGGUUUUGAAGACAAGAUACCUCCCUUUUCCUUUCAACUCGCUUAGUAAAUGGUAGAGCAGAUUGAGCAGCUGAUACCAACACCAAUCCGUAAGGGCGGAAGAGGAUGAGGAAUAGAGUGACGGGAGGUGGUGACGUGUCAAUGACAGGCGCAUAAACUGAAAAGAGUGGCAGGACCAUUGGCCAAUAGAGCGAUCAAAUUGGUCAGGCACUCCGCAUUCUGUCGUCCCAUUCUGUCGUCCUGCCGGAGCACUAGAGACUUGAGAAAAGGACCAAUUCGCUUCCACACUCGCUUGAUUGGCCUUCCUUGGAGCCAAUCAACGCAGAGGCUGGCGGACGCGUUCCCUCCCAGACCUCUCACUGGGCGGUGUAAAAUGACAGGCCCGAGAGAACUGCAAUGUCCGAGGGAUCUUCCUCGAGUGACACUCGGUAGCACCAAUAGCCGCCCUCCUUCCCGGCGGCCGAGCCCUCCUCCCCGCGGCGGGCCUGGCGGGGCGGGGACGCUGCGCGGCGGCGGCUGAGGCGCUAGCGGUGUGGGGCGGUCGGGGCGGCGGCGGCUGCUCCUCUCGGAGGCGGUUCCGGUGCUGUAUCUCCGGGCGGCGGCGGCGGCUCAUGGCGGCGACGGAGCUGAGAGGAGUCGUGGGACCGGGCCCGGCAGCCAUUGCAGCUCCUGGCGGCGGCGGCGCCGGUCCCCCAGUGGUGGGAGGAGGCGGCGGCGGCCGCGGCGACGCGGGGCCGGGCUCUGGGGCCGCGUCAGGGCCGGUGGCCGCGGCGGCUGCGGGAGGCCCGGGGCCCGGGGCCGGGGGAGUGGCGGCGGCGGGCUCGGCCCCUACGCCGCCGGCCGGAGGCUCGGGGAGCUCGGGCGCGGGGGGUUCGGGCUCUGCCCGUGAAGGCUGGCUCUUCAAAUGGACCAAUUACAUCAAAGGCUACCAGCGGCGGUGGUUCGUGCUGAGCAACGGGCUCCUGAGCUACUACAGGUCAAAAGCAGAAAUGAGACAUACUUGCCGUGGAACCAUCAACCUUGCCACAGCCAACAUCACUGUUGAGGAUUCCUGUAAUUUCAUCAUUUCCAAUGGGGGUGCCCAGACCUACCACCUGAAAGCCAGCUCAGAGGUAGAGCGGCAGCGCUGGGUGACAGCCCUGGAACUGGCCAAGGCCAAGGCUGUGAAGAUGUUGGCAGAAUCAGAUGAAUCCGGAGAUGAGGAGUCUGUCUCGCAAACUGACAAGACCGAGCUGCAGAACACCCUGCGGACGCUCUCCAGCAAAGUGGAGGACCUGAGCACCUGCAAUGACCUGAUAGCCAAGCACGGCACUGCUCUGCAGCGCUCCCUCAGCGAGCUGGAGUCCCUGAGGCUGCCUGCCGAGAGCAACGAGAAGAUCAAACAGGUCAACGAGCGCGCCACCCUCUUCAGGAUAACGUCCAAUGCCAUGAUCAACGCCUGCAGAGAUUUCCUCAUGUUAGCUCAGACCCAUAGUAAAAAAUGGCAGAAGUCACUGCAGUAUGAAAGAGAUCAGCGCAUUCGGCUGGAAGAGACCCUCGAGCAGCUGGCAAAGCAGCAUAAUCACCUAGAGAGGGCCUUCCGGGGAGCCACAGUCCUGCCAGCAAACACUCCUGGCAGUGCCGGUUCUGGUAAAGAUCAAUGCUGCUCAGGCAAAGGGGACAUGAGUGACGAGGAUGAUGAAAAUGAAUUUUUUGAUGCACCUGAGAUCAUCACCAUGCCCGAAAAUUUGGGCCAUAAACGUACUGGCAGCAACAUCAGUGGAGCCAGCAGUGACAUCAGCCUUGAUGAACAGUACAAGCAUCAGCUGGAGGAGACCAAGAAGGAAAAGAGAACCAGAAUACCAUACAAGCCAAACUAUAGCCUGAAUCUAUGGAGCAUCAUGAAGAACUGCAUUGGGAAAGAACUCUCCAAGAUCCCCAUGCCGGUGAAUUUUAAUGAGCCCUUAUCCAUGCUUCAGCGCCUUACUGAAGACCUGGAAUACCACGAGCUGUUAGACCGAGCUGCAAAAUGCGAAAACUCUCUUGAACAGCUCUGCUAUGUUGCAGCUUUCACCGUGUCCUCCUACUCCACCACUGUCUUCCGCACCAGCAAGCCAUUUAACCCCCUCCUUGGGGAAACCUUCGAGCUGGACCGGUUAGAGGAGAAUGGGUACCGAUCCCUCUGUGAGCAGGUGAGCCACCAUCCCCCUGCUGCAGCACACCAUGCUGAGUCCAAAAAUGGCUGGACGUUGCGUCAGGAAAUCAAAAUCACCAGCAAGUUUCGAGGCAAAUACCUCUCCAUUAUGCCCCUCGGUACCAUCCACUGUAUUUUCCAUGCUACUGGGCACCACUACACUUGGAAAAAAGUUACCACAACUGUGCACAACAUUAUUGUGGGCAAGUUGUGGAUAGAUCAGUCUGGUGAAAUUGAUAUUGUGAAUCACAAAACAGGAGACAAAUGUAAUCUUAAAUUUGUUCCUUAUAGCUACUUUUCUCGGGAUGUAGCAAGAAAGGUGACAGGGGAGGUGACAGACCCCUCAGGAAGAGUUCACUUUGCCCUACUGGGAACAUGGGAUGAGAAGAUGGACUGCUUCAAAGUACAGCCUGCCGCCGGGGAAAACGGGGGCGAUGCUCGGCAGAGAGGCCACGACCCAGAGGAGAGCAGGGUCCUGCUGUGGAAAAGGAAUCCUCUGCCGAAGAAUGCAGAAAACAUGUACUAUUUCUCAGAGCUUGCUCUAACCCUCAACGCCUGGGAAGCGGGCACUGCCCCCACAGACAGCCGGUUACGGCCUGACCAGAGACUGAUGGAAAAUGGGCGCUGGGAUGAGGCGAACGCUGAGAAGCAGCGCCUGGAGGAAAAACAAAGGCUUUCCAGAAAGAAGCGAGAAGCAGAAGCUAUGAAAGCCACCGAAGAUGGCACACCUUACGAUCCUUAUAAGGCACUAUGGUUUGAGCGGAAGAAAGACCCUGUUACCAAGGAGUUAACCCAUAUUUAUAGGGGGGAAUACUGGGAAUGUAAAGAAAAACAGGACUGGAGCUCAUGCCCAGACAUUUUCUGAAGUGGCAGGAACGGAAAUGAGGAGGAUCUGACAGAAGACCACGGAGGAUGUGUGGGAAGGCUGGCAUUUGUGACUCUCUGACCAAGUGCUUUCCUCGAGUUUGUCUGUCUUAACCAAUCAUUUUUUGUCCAAAUCAAUCACCAGAAGCAAACACCAGUGGGGUGAUUGGCUGGUUGCCUUAGCUGAUUGAAACUGAUAUCAAGCUUCUAGAUACCUAUGUAAAGGAGAGGUUUGGUGGCUGAAAACUGAAUGUUAUUCUACAUCUGCAAAGUCAAGUUUCUUGACUCUUCUUUCUCCCCCUGCUGCCAUUUAAAAUAUCAUCAUUCACCCUCCCUGUAAUAGUCCGCUUCGCCAAGAUCUGCACAAGAGUGUAAUUCAGGGGCAUUUUUGGUGCUGUUCAGAGCAAAAAUUGGUUUCAGAGUUCCUUUAAAAAGACACACGUAAGACUUAACCACUGGAGGCAUUCUGAAUGGUUGCAUUGGAGCUUAGCUAAAACAGUAUGGGAUGUGCUCACACUUGGGUCAUUUUAAGAGUUUUCUGCGUGUAUAGAACAAAAGUAUUGGAACACCUGCAAGGAAGAUUAUUCUUUGGGGCUGGAUAUUCAGAUUCACAUUCUUGAAAGUUUCCUUCUUCACCUGCGUGAAACACCCCUCUGCUGUUCUUCGACUUCCUUGACGGCAACUGGAGACCACUUGGUAGUUCCUAAGAGAAUUGCAUUGUCCACACGAGGGGAUUUGGGAUUUUAUGUGGACUUCCUCAGGCAGAGGACUUUGAGAACAGGCAGGACAGAAAAGACUGCUUGCCACUUUAGCUUUCCCAAUUCCUCUGCACCUCCAGCCUUCAUUGCCUUUCUAGUUUCCCUUUUCUCUCUUGGCAUAACACCUGCUUAGGUCUGUGCCUGUCCCAUGCUGAUACACCUGAGAAUGUGAGAGAAGUUAAUCUGUGAACGAAAGUUUUCACCAUCUCUCAAGCCCCAUGGUCUGGAGCCACCUCUGGAAUAAUGUGUUAAAUAUCUGUAUAUUAUAUAUAUAUAUGUAGAGAAAAAUCUAAUUUUGGGGGUUUGAUUUUCCUCUUUCCCAUUAAGGAUCUUGGUUUUUGAUA